AUGAUUAACGUGAUUGUUUUUGUAGAAACUGCGCUUCACAAAAAGUUUGAAGUGAUUCUAGAAAAUUUCAGUCACAGAACUCGCUCAUCACAUUGGGAGCCUCCAUGGGCCUUAUGGCGCUGUCGCAUGGGACUCCCAUAUGGGUGGGAACAGGCAAGAGAUGAUUCGGGUAAUAUCUAUUAUAUUGAUCACAUCCAUCGUACAACGACCUACUCGGAUCCACGGUAUUCAUCAGUGCCAGAAGGCCGGCGAACAGUGAAGUUAAGACGAAAGCGAGACAUUGGCUUUGGUUUUGUGGCAGCUGGCCAACAUCCUACGGUUAUCCAAUUUGUCUCCAUAGAAGGUCCUUCGGAUGGUGUUCUUUUUGCCAACGAUCAAAUUUUGGAGGUGAAUGGUUGUGACGUGACACAAGAGACCAAAGACUCGGUGGUGACGAUGAUACGUUCGUGUGAAGAUGAGCUACUGCUCACUGUCGAACAACUGCCCGUAAAACCAAAAUCGGCGAGGCGGAGUUGUCGCGUUCGAUUCACAGAUCGAGUCCUUGUUGCAUCAUCUCCUGACUCUCUCCCUCCACUACCAAAUGCACUACGGGUCUACCUAGAAAACGGUCAAACACGUUCUUUCCGAUACGAUGAUACAACAACGGUUAAGGACAUUAUGGAUUCUAUCUUUUCGAAGCUACAGCUAACGGCAAAGUCGUAUUUUGCGUUAGCCAUUGAGUACUCUCUAGGUGCCAGGUCUAGCAGGGUUAGUUUACUUAGACCGGAUGCAAAAGUAGACACGAUAACUCGAAUGCCGAACUCGGACCAUCUACGUUGUGUGUUUCGUUUCGCUUUCAUACCAAAAGAAAUCCAAAAAGUUUGGACAGAAGACCCUAGAGCUUUAGACUAUUUUUAUCAACAGUGCGUUUCUGAUGUCGUUAGAGGACGUUACGCAUUCGAAAUGAGGUACGAGGCAUGUAUUCGUUUAGCCGCUUUGCAUAUGCAGCAGGUUGCCGUCGAGUCGAAUCUUCUAAAGGAGAAUGGAACUGUGUCCCUGGCAAGACUAGAAUGUGAAUACGGUAUGGAUUCUUUUUUGCCGAUGAUACUAUUGGAAAAUGUGAAGGUUCGCGAGAUUCGGAAACAUAUUCGGUACUAUUUGAAGAGAGACAGUGCCAAAUUGAGCGAAAGUCUGACCAAACAAGCGAUCAUUCAUGCUGAUUCAGCUCUGCUUUCAUUAGGGGUGACCGACGCAUCGGUGUCGUUGCGUGUUCGCUACCUGGAGCUGCUCUCGCAUUUGCCAUCGUUUGGCGGGCGCGCCUUUUCAGUAACUUUCAAGGAAAGCCAAAUCGAUAUGAUUAUACAGAUAGAUCCCCGUACUGGACUAUUAGUGCGGCAUCCGGGAAAGACUGGCCGGCCGACAAUAUCGAUCGAUUUCGGUUUGAUCGAUCGUCUCGUAGUUCGGCGAGAAUCUGAAAUCGUCUCAUUAAUCAGUUUCCGAAUGACCAGCAGUCCUGAACAGGCUCUCGAAUUUCUGGUUGACAAGGACGACAUCGACGAUCUUGCUGGCUACAUUUGCGGUUACCAGUUAAUUCAAAGUAGUCGUCAACUCGCCUGUGAUUUUGACGACACACCACCAGUUCAGAUUAUAUCGGGAACUGAUCGUAUGUUGUUGCUUCUUAUCAAAUUCGCAACAUUUCUGUUCCAUAUAAAAGAGGCCUCCUCAAUAAAUAACAAAAGCGGCUCAUCCCAAAAUGGUCUAUGA